AUGGAAAGGGAAAGGAAACUGAGGCUGCAGCAUAUACCUGUUCGUGGAUCACCUGAAGCUGAAUACAGAAAGUCUAAAAAGAGAUCACAUAUAACAAUGGUGCAUGACAAUGAGCAAGAAAGAUACAUCAACGAGUUUGAUCCAAAGGAUUAUUAUGAAACCUAUUAUAAUCCUACAUCAGGAGCUUUGGUUGGAGAGUGGACACAUUUUGUUAUAAAGAAUCUUCACGAAAUCUUCUCUACAGGUGAGAUCGUAGGAGAUACCUUGAUCGAUUUUGGUGCUGGACCAGCCAUCUAUGAUCUCCUUUCAGCCUGUGAGGUGUAUAAGAAUAUAAUUACUUCUGACUUCCUUGAGCAAAACCGUGUUGAGCUGAAUAAGUGGCUAAAGAAGGAUCCUGAGGCAUUUGACUGGACUCCAGUUGUCAAGUUAGUGUGUGAGCUAGAAGGAAACAGUGACAAUUGUGAGAAAAAGGAAGAGAAACUGAGGAAAGCUGUGAAACGGGUUCUAAGCUGUGAUGCACUAAAAAAGAACCCAUUUGAACCAAUCGUUCUGGAACCAGCUGAUUGCCUUGUGAGUUGUCUCUGCUUGGAAUCUCCAUGUGUGGACGCAGCCGCUUACUGCCACACCUUGAAAAAUUUUAUGGACUUGCUCAAGCCAGGGGGCCAUAUCAUAAUACAGAGUGUACUAAACAGUACAUUUUAUUAUGUUGGAAACAAGAGAUUUUCAAGCCUGACGAUGACAAAAGAAGAGAUUGAAACAGCUUUUAAAGAAGCUGGUUAUGAAAUUAAGAGGAUGGACGUUGUCCCUCGAGAAGACAGAUCAAGGAUGGACCUCUCUGAUUUUAAAAAUUAUUAUUGUGUUCUUGCCCGAAAACCAGUUACUGCGUGA